GGUUCCGGGGCAGUGCUGCUGGGACUAAGCUGAACUGAGAUCCCAAGUCCUACGGUGCACCAGAGCCACAUGGACCGCCUGUGCGGCUCCGGGAAGCUGGGCUCCAAGUUCUGGGACUCCAACCUGUCUAUAUAUACCGACACUCCGGACCUCACACCCUGUUUCCAGAACUCCUUGCUGGCCUGGGUCCCCUGCAUCUAUCUGUGGGCUGCCUUGCCCUGCUACCUGUUCUACCUGAGGCACCACCAUCUUGGCUACAUAGUCCUCUCAUGCUUAUCCAGGCUCAAGACGGCCCUCGGGGUUCUGCUGUGGUGUGUCUCAUGGGUGGACCUGUUCUACUCCUUCCAUGGCCUGAUCAACGGCUCAUCCCCUGCUCCUGUCUUCUUUGUCACACCCUUGGUGGUGGGGAUCACCAUGCUGCUGGCCACAUUGCUAAUCCAGUAUGAGCGGCUUCGGGGGGUGCAGUCUUCAGGAGUGCUCAUCGUAUUCUGGCUCCUGUGUGUGAUCUGUGCCAUCAUCCCCUUCCGUUCCAAGAUCCUCUCAGUUAUGGCUGAGGGUAAAAUCUUGGAUCCGUUCCGAUUCACCACUUUCUACAUCUACUUUGCCCUCGUGCUCUGUGCCCUCAUCCUGUCCUGCUUCAAAGAGAAGCCGCCUCUGUUCUCCCCAGAGAAUCUUGACACCAAUCCUUGCCCAGAGGCCAGCGCUGGCUUCUUCUCCCGCUUGUCUUUCUGGUGGUUCACAAAGCUUGCCAUCCUUGGCUACCGACGUCCCCUGGAGGACCGUGACCUCUGGUCUCUGUCUGAGGAGGACUGCUCUCAUAAGAUAGUGCAACGGCUGCUGGAAGCAUGGCAAAAGCAGCAGAACCAAGCGUCAGGGCACCAGACUACAGCAGUUGGGCCAAAGAUCCCAGGUGAGGAGGAGGUCCUACUGAAGCCGCGAACCAAGUCUAAGAAGCCUUCCUUUCUGAGGGCUUUGGUGAGAACGUUCACCUCCAGCUUGCUCAUGGGUGCCUGCUUCAAGCUGAUCCAGGACCUGCUCUCCUUCAUCAACCCACAGCUGCUCAGCAUACUCAUCAGAUUUAUUUCUGACCCCACGGCCCCCACCUGGUGGGGUUUCUUGCUGGCUGGGCUGAUGUUCGUGAGCUCCACCAUGCAGACGUUGAUCUUACACCAAUAUUACCACUGCAUCUUUGUGAUGGCCUUGAGGCUACGGACUGCUAUCAUAGGUGUCAUCUACAGGAAGGCUCUGGUCAUCACCAACUCAGUCAAACGUGAGUCCACUGUGGGAGAAAUGGUCAACCUCAUGUCAGUGGAUGCCCAGCGCUUCAUGGAUGUCUCCCCCUUCAUCAACCUGCUGUGGUCUGCACCUUUGCAGGUCAUCCUGGCAAUAUACUUCCUUUGGCAGAUCCUGGGUCCAUCAGUCCUGGCUGGAGUGGCUGUGAUAGUCUUGCUGAUACCACUCAAUGGAGCUGUGUCCAUGAAGAUGAAGACCUACCAGGUAGAGCAAAUGAAGUUCAAGGACUCCCGCAUCAAGCUGAUGAGCGAGAUCAUGAAUGGCAUCAAAGUGCUGAAGCUGUAUGCUUGGGAGCCCAGCUUCUUGGAGCAGGUAGAAGGCAUCAGGCAGAGUGAACUCCAGCUGCUGCGGAAGGGUGCCUACCUGCAGGCUAUCUCCACCUUCAUCUGGGUCUGCACCCCGUUUCUGGUGACUCUGAUCACCCUCGGAGUGUACGUGUGCGUGGACAAGAACAAUGUGCUGGAUGCUGAGAAAGCCUUUGUGUCCCUGUCUUUGUUCAAUAUCUUAAAGAUUCCCCUCAACAUGCUGCCUCAGUUAAUCAGUGGCAUGACCCAGACCAGCGUGUCUCUGAAACGGAUCCAGGAUUUCCUGAACCAAGAUGAACUUGACUCCCAGUGUGUGGAAAGAAAGACCAUCUCCCCAGGCUUCGCCAUCACCAUACACAACGGCACCUUCACCUGGGCCCAGGACCUGCCACCCACCCUGCACAGCCUAAACAUUCAAAUCCCGAAGGGGUCAUUGGUGGCUGUGGUGGGACCUGUGGGCUGUGGGAAGUCUUCUCUGGUGUCUGCCUUACUCGGAGAGAUGGAGAAGGUGGAAGGUGCAGUGUCUGUAAAGGGUUCUGUGGCCUACGUGCCCCAGCAGGCAUGGAUCCAGAACUGCACACUUCAGGAAAAUGUGCUAUUUGGCCAACCCAUGAACCCUAAGCGCUACCAACAGGCUCUGGAGACAUGUGCCCUGCUAGCUGACCUAGAUGUGCUUCCUGGUGGGGACCAGACAGAGAUUGGAGAGAAGGGCAUUAACCUAUCUGGGGGCCAGCGACAACGAGUGAGUUUGGCCCGAGCUGUUUAUAGUGAUGCCAACAUUUUUUUGCUGGAUGACCCACUGUCGGCUGUGGACUCUCAUGUGGCUAAGCAUAUCUUCGACCAAGUGAUUGGACCAGAGGGUGUGCUGGCAGGCAAGACUCGUGUGCUGGUUACCCAUGGCAUCAGCUUCCUGCCCCAGACGGACUUUAUCAUUGUGCUUGCUAACGGACAAGUGUCUGAGAUGGGCCACUACUCGGCCCUCCUGCAGCAUGACGGCUCCUUUGCCAACUUCCUCCGAAACUAUGCACCAGAUGAAGACCAGGAGGACCAUGAAGCCUUGCAAAAUGCAAAUGAGGAGGUGCUUCUGCUUGAAGACACACUCAGCACCCACACAGACCUGACGGACAACGAGCCAGCCAUAUACGAGGUCCGCAAGCAGUUCAUGAGGGAGAUGAGCUCCUUGUCUUCUGAAGGGGAGGGCCAGAACCGGCCUGUGCCCAAGAGACACACGAAUUCAUUGGAGAAGGAGAUGCCGGUGACAAAGACUAAGGAGACGGGUGCAUUAAUCAAAGAGGAGACAGCAGAGACAGGCAAUGUGAAGCUGAGCGUGUACUGGGAUUAUGCCAAGUCUGUGGGGCUCUGCACCACGCUAUCUAUUUGCCUCCUGUAUACUGGCCAAAACGCGGCUGCUAUCGGAGCCAAUGUGUGGCUCAGUGCCUGGAGCAAUGACGCGGUGGGACAGGGCCAGCAGAACAACACCUCCGUAAGGCUAGGUGUCUACGCUGCCCUAGGAAUACUGCAAGGACUCCUGGUCAUGCUGUCCGCCUUCACCAUGGUGGUCGGCGCUAUCCAGGCUGCCCGCUUGCUGCACGCAGCUCUGUUGCACAACAAGAUUCGUUCGCCUCAGUCCUUCUUUGACACAACGCCCUCGGGCCGCAUCCUCAACCGCUUCUCCAAGGACAUAUAUGUCAUCGACGAGGUUCUAGCUCCCACCAUCCUCAUGCUGUUCAAUUCCUUCUUCACAUCCAUCUCCACCAUUGUGGUCAUUGUUGUCAGCACGCCGCUCUUCCUCGUGGUUGUCCUGCCUCUGGCUGUGCUCUAUGGCUUUGUGCAGCGCUUCUAUGUGGCCACAUCACGGCAGCUAAAGCGUCUGGAGUCCAUCAGCCGCUCGCCCAUCUUCUCCCACUUUUCGGAGACAGUAACGGGCAGCAGUGUCAUUCGGGCCUAUGGCCGAGUCCAAGACUUCAAGGUCCUCAGUGAUACUAAGGUGGACAACAACCAGAAGAGCUGCUACCCCUACAUCGCCUCCAACCGAUGGUUGGGUGUCCUCGUGGAGUUCGUGGGGAACUGCGUGGUGCUCUUUGCCGCACUGUUUGCUGUGAUCGGAAGAAACAGCUUGAGUCCGGGGCUUGUGGGUCUUUCUGUGUCCUAUGCCUUACAGGUGACCAUGGCUUUGAACUGGAUGAUACGGAUGAUAUCCGACUUGGAGUCUAAUAUCAUAGCCGUGGAGAGAGUCAAGGAGUACUCCAAGACAGAGACCGAGGCCCCCUGGGUGGUGGAGAACAAUCGUGCUCCUGAAGGCUGGCCCACGCGAGGGGUGGUGGAGUUCCGGAACUAUUCAGUGCGGUACCGCCCUGGCCUCGAGUUGGUGCUGAAGAACCUGACUCUGCGUGUGGAGGGUGGGGAGAAGGUAGGCAUUGUGGGCCGCACUGGGGCUGGCAAAUCUUCCAUGACUCUCUGCCUAUUCCGAAUUCUGGAGGCCGCAGAGGGUGAGAUCUUCAUCGAUGGACUCAAUGUGGCACACAUUGGCCUCCAUGACCUGCGUUCUCAGCUCACCAUCAUCCCUCAGGACCCCAUCCUGUUCUCGGGCACCCUGCGCAUGAACCUAGAUCCCUUUGGCCGUUACUCGGAGGAGGACAUCUGGAGGGCCCUGGAGCUAUCCCACCUGAACACAUUUGUGAGCAGUCAACCAGCAGGCCUGGAUUUCCAGUGUGCCGAGGGUGGGGAUAAUCUCAGUGUUGGCCAGAGACAGCUCGUGUGCCUAGCCCGAGCCCUGCUCCGAAAGAGCCGAGUCCUGGUUUUAGACGAGGCCACUGCUGCCAUUGACCUGGAGACUGAUGACCUCAUCCAGGGCACCAUCCGUACCCAGUUUGAAGACUGCACUGUACUGACCAUUGCCCACCGGCUCAACACAAUCAUGGACUACAACAGGGUCCUGGUCUUGGACAAAGGAGUAGUAGCUGAAUUUGAUUCUCCAGUCAACCUCAUUGCAGCUGGAGGCAUCUUCUAUGGGAUGGCCAAGGAUGCAGGACUCGCCUAGAAUAUGCAUUCCAAGGGUUUCUUCCUAGUCUGAACUGACAGCAAGUAUCUGCAGAGUGGACUUAAUGGCAACAAGUGGGGACAUUUUGAGUGUUUUUUUUUUUUUAAUUCUCCAAAUUGCCUCACAGACUAGCCACACUUAACAGUGGAAUGAGGAAGUGAGUUUGAGGUUCAAAGCCAAGUUCCUACCCCUGCCCCGUGCCUGGGUCUCCUGGUCCUAAUCUACCAUUAUUCCCGUACUGCAGUUUUUAAGAAACCUUGUUCCAGCCUCUACAUAUUCAUAUUUUCCAUUUUUUUUUAAAUGAACCUUUCUCCUCCUGGACCAGGGACUGCUAGGUCAGUCUGUCCUGGGAACAGAGUCCCUGUACUGGUGCUGUCUGAAUCCACUGAUGAAAUAAAGCUGUAGUCAACAGCAUUUGGA